CCGAGACUCACAGCUUUCACCUCCCGUUCGGAGAGAUGACAGUGACCCUACAGGACUGUCAGAAGAUGCUGGGUCUGUCGAUUUGGGGCCAGCCAGUCACUGGGCCGUGCGUCUCAGAUGGUUGGAGAGCACGAGUCGCAGCCUUCCUGGGGCGAGAGGUUGAGGAGCAGGGGACUCGCACAUCUGGAGUGCUAAUCUCAUGGCUGCGGGAACACUUCGGCCAGUGCCCCCAGGACGCAGAUGCUGAGACAGUUGGACACUACUGCAGGGCGUGGAUACUACACCUCUUUGCCUGCGUUCUUUUCCCAGACGCAACAGGUGACACUGCGUCUUGGAUGUGGAUCCACUGCCUCACUGACUGGCACCAGGCUGGUUCUUACAGCUGGGGAUCAGCUGUGUUGUGCUUUCUAUACCGGCAGCUGUGCGAGGCGUGCCGUCGGUCUUCGGGCUCCCCGUCAGUUGGUGGGUGUGUCUACCUGUUGCAAUUAUGGAUGUGGUCCCGUCUUCCUGUUGGUCGGCCCGAGAUUAUGCCGCGUCGACCGUGGUUCCCAGGUGAGCCGCCGAGACGACAGCCGACAUGGGCAUAUAUUUGGGAUCAGGUUAAGGUUAGCCAUACCAGGUUGGACCGCGCGUACCUGGAUUACAUCAACGAGAUAGACGCGCUCACUGCUCAUAGUCCUUACGACGGAGACGAUCCACUUCCUUUUCCCCUUAGCUUCGUGUGUGCGGCGGACGAUGAUAUUUAUAGGAUGGUGUGCCCUCUUAUUUGCUUCUAUGCUGUCGAGUACCACCUGCCACAUCGAGUCGCACGUCAAUUUGGGAUGAGGCAGAUUUGGCCACCACAGGCGACCUCGACUAGUAUAGAGUUACACAACGUGGAUCGAAAGAAGAAAAGGAAGGUCUCCGAGUGGGCCUCGUUCCACCACGCAUACAUUCAGGAAUGGGAGCUGUUCGAGGAGAACGUGGACGAGAACAACGAGCCGCACACAAACAGUGCGUACAGACAAUACCAGAGCUGGUACCAAGGUGCGACGCGGCACAGGCUGAGGGAAGCGUGGACGCAAGAUGACUACGCCGAAAUCCAGUCAUCCGACGAUGAAGACAUGGUAGAUUUAGAUAGUUAG